AGCCCUCUUUUCUUUUUCCAAAGGUAUCCAAGCUACACAGAACUGGAAAUAUAACAAGUGUCUCAGAAUUCUUCCUCAUUGGCCUCUCAGAUGAUGCAGAACUGCAGCCUGUGCUCUUCACCCUGUUCCUGUCCAUGUACCUGGUCACCAUGUUGGGGAACCUGCUCAUCAUCCUGGCUGUCACCUCUGACCCCCAUCUCCACACCCCCAUGUACUUCUUCCUCUCCAACCUGUCCUUAGUUGACUUUGGUUUCAUCUCCACCACUGUCCCCAAGAUGAUUGUGGACAUCCAAACUCACAGCAGAGUCAUCUCCUAUGCUGGCUGCCUGACACAGAUGUCUGUUUUUAUUCUUUUUGGGGGCAUGGAUUGUACACUUCUGACUGCAAUGGCCUAUGAUCGGUUUGUAGCCAUCUGUCACCCACUGCACUACCAGGUCAUCAAGAACUCACACUUCUGUUGCUUCCUAGUUUUUGUGUCAUUUUUUGUUAGUCUUUUGGAGUCCCAGCUGCACAAUUUGAUUGUGUUACAACUUACCUGCUUCAGGGAUGUGGAAAUUUCUAAUUUCUUCUGUGACCCUUCUCAGCUCCUCAAGCUUGCCUGUUCUGACACCUUCACCAAUAACACAGUCAAGUAUUUUGUUGGUGCUAUCUUUGGUUUUCUCCCUUUCUCGGGGAUCAUUUUCUCAUACUAUAAAAUUAUUUCCUCCAUUCUCAGAGUCCCCUCAUCAGGUGGGAGGUAUAAAGCCUUCUCUACCUGUAGCUCUCACCUAGCAGUUGUUUGCUUAUUUUAUGGAACAAGGCUUGGUGUGUACCUCAGCUCAGCUGUCUCACAAUCUCCCAGGAAGGAUGCAGUGGCCUCAGUGGUGUACACUGUGGUCACCCCCAUGCUGAACCCCUUCAUCUACAGUCUGAGGAACAGAGACAUCAAAAGAGCCAUGUGGAGGUUCCUCAGCAAAAUGUUCUAG